AUGCAUUACAUCAAGCUUUUGACUUUGUCGCUGAGCACGAUCGCCACGUGUUUGAACCAGCCCUUGCCAGAGGCAGCACCCACCAAGCGCGACGAGGGCGAUACCUGGAGUUUCACAGCCUCCAGUGGCACCGAGUACUAUGUCCUCAUCAGAUCACAAAACGACGCGGACCCUGCUAACUACGACGAUAACCAAGGUGUAACAGUCUGGGAGUCCGCGCUCAAUGAGAUCGCCAUGAAUGCUGGUGGGGCCGAAAUCGCAGCCUAUAAUAACCUCGAUGACGGGACCACGCUUAUCGUCUCUGGCAAUAUCGUGGAUGGCACUUCGUGGCAAAGCGCUGCGACUCUCGCCGAUUGGGGUGACAUAGUGUCGCAAUUCGAAUACAGGACGACCCAAGAAGAAAAUCCAGACUACCUCUAUCUCACGAUUGGAACGUCCGAAGAUACUGUUUACUUCUUCGCAUCCUUUUCGCUGAGCUGGAUCAACGGCUGA